GGGGUUUUGAUCUGUGAAAGAUGUCGAUGUUUGAUGAGAUGGGGUUUUGCGGUGACAUAGAUUUCUUUAGUGCUCCACUUGUGGAAGGAGAUGUGGCUGCUCCGCAAGCUGAACCAGAGGCUACUGUUGUGGAUGAUGACUAUAGCGAUGAGGAGAUUGAUGUUGAUGAGCUUGAGCGAAGGAUGUGGAGGGACAAAAUGCGUCUCAAAAGGCUAAAAGAACAGACCAAAAGUAAGGAGGGGAUUGAUAUUGCUAAGCAGCGUCAGUCCCAGGAGCAGGCCAGGAGGAAGAAGAUGUCGAGGGCACAAGAUGGGAUCUUGAAGUACAUGUUGAAGAUGAUGGAGGUUUGUAAAGCUCAAGGUUUUGUUUAUGGGAUUAUAACGGAGAAGGGAAAGCCAGUGACUGGGGCAUCGGAUAAUCUUCGAGAAUGGUGGAAGGACAAAGUCAGGUUUGAUAGAAAUGGUCCGGCUGCCAUAACAAAGUACCAAGCGGAUAAUUCAAUCCCAGGGAAAAACGAGGGUAGUAAUCCAAUUGGUCCAACUCCACACACCUUGCAGGAGCUUCAAGACACCACCCUGGGUUCACUCUUGUCCGCGCUGAUGCAGCAUUGUGACCCUCCCCAGAGGCGGUUUCCAUUAGAGAAAGGUGUUUCUCCACCAUGGUGGCCUUCUGGAAAUGAAAAUUGGUGGCCUCAAUUGGGGUUGCCUGAGGACCAAGGCCCUCCACCAUACAAGAAGCCUCAUGACUUGAAGAAGGCAUGGAAAGUGGGUGUUCUCACAGCAGUGAUUAAGCACAUGUCUCCUGAUAUUGCCAAGAUCCGCAAGCUUGUGAGACAGUCCAAGGGCUUGCAGGACAAGAUGACAGCCAAGGAAAGUGCUACCUGGCUUGCAAUUAUCAACCAAGAGGAGUCAUGGGCUCGUGAGCUCUACCCUGAUUCCUGCCCGCCACUGUCAUCAUCUGCAGGGAGUGGAUCUUUAGUCAUUAAUGAUUGCUGUGAGUAUGAUGUUGAAGGAGCUGAAGAUGAGCCAAACUUUGACCAGCAAGAGUGCAAACCUGAGACUGUCACCUAUUCUAAUUUAGGGAUGGAAAGAAUGAGAGAACAGCUGCCUCUUCGACAACAGCCAUAUCCAUUUAAGGGAGAAGUUAUCUCCAGCAUGGAUUUUAUUCAAAAGAGAAAGCCAUCCAGUGAUGUAAACAUGAUGGUGGAUCAGAGAAUCUACACAUGUGAGGCAGUUCAAUGUCCUUACAGUCAAAUUCGACUGGGUUUCCCCGACAGGGUUUCUAGGGACAAUCAUCAACUGAACUGCCCCUUCAGAAGCACUUCAUUAGAAUUUGGACGAUCAAAUUUCCACAUUAAUGAAGUCAAGCCUGUCAUCUUUCCUCAGCCAUCUGUACAAUCCAAGCCAGCUGCUCCCUUGGUGAACCCUUCCCCUCCUCCCUUUGAUUUAUCAGGAGUUCCAGAAGAUGGUCAAAAGAUGAUCAGCGAGCUCAUGUCAAUCUACGACACUAAUAUCCAAAGCAACAAGAACACAAAUCCUGUUAACAACCUGGUUACAGGAGGUCACCAUGUUUUCCAGCCGAAAAUCCAACGUCAACAGGACAAUCACAAUGUCUUCCAGCCAAAAAUCCAACACCAACAGGGCAAUCACUUCCGAAGUCAAGGCAAUGUGAUCGGUGGAAAUGUCUUCAAAGAGUACAACAUCAACUCUAACCAUCAAUUGUUUUCGCAGGAAGGCGGUCAGUUUGACAGGUUUAAGCCUUUGAAUUCUCCAUUUGAGACCAGCCAAAACAACAGCAGCUUCAACUUGAUGUUCAGCUCCCCCCUCGAUUUGUCCUCUUUCGAGUACAAAGAGGAUCUACAAGGACUGGGAAUGGAUUCUCUGCCAAAGCAUCAGCAGGAUGUUUCAAUCUGGUUCUAAUAACAAUACCAGAACUCUCUCCUUGGAGUUGAAGAGCUUUUCUGAUCUUGCAUUACAAAUCCAGUGUAAACUCUCACUGGCAAGAAGCUAGUGUGUACUUCAUUGUAUUAUUUUCACAGUUGUUAGUUGUAGAAUCCUAGAUAGUUUGGCAGGUAUCAUAUGGGCAAUAAUAAAAUUUGUGUAAAAUUCCCAUAAAUUAACCUGCUCUUGAUUACAUAUGAGGUAUAAGAUAUGACUGCCAAACAAAUAAGUUUAACGUGCUUGCUUUUUUUGUUUGGCUGUUUAUGGUUUAUCACUCAACCAUAAUUCUAGGGUUAGGAAUUUGAUGUUGUGGCUUGUAAUUUUUAUUAUCAUGCUUGUGUAUCCAUUAAUGUGUCAUCUAGUCAAAUCUAAGUUAAUUACUU